GAAAAGAAAUGGGUCCUUUCGAAAUACUUACAAGUCACUUAAAACCCUUUUAAAACCCACAACUUUAACGUUUGGAAGGUUUGUUUGGAGCCUGAGAAACUGAGAGAAAAAGGUAUAUGAAAUGUCUGAAAAUCCCAAGCACUCUCUGAGCACAACACCUGAAUCAUCCAGACCUUCGAAAAUACCGAAAACCCAAGAUCACAGCGACCAAGAAAAAGAAGAAGAAGAUAAACAACAACAAGAAUCAAGCAUGAGCAAGAACCCUAGAAUCCAACGCUAUUUAGUAGCUAUUGAGUACAUUGGGACUCGCUUCUCUGGCUCGCAGCAGCAGCCCAAUUUCCGCACAGUUGUUGGUGUAUUAGAGGAGGCUUUUCUUAAAUUUAUUGGACAGCCAGUUUCAAUUUUCUGCUCUAGUAGGACUGAUGCUGGCGUACAUGCCUUAUCAAAUGUUUGCCAUGUCGACGUGGAACGCAUAAGCAAAAGGAAGCCUGGUGAAGUGUUACCACCUCAUGAACCAUCUGUUGUUAGAAGAGCUGUGAACCAUUUCUUACAGAAGAGUGAAGGUGAUAUUACGGUGAUUGACGUUCGAUGUGUUCCAAAUGAUUUUCAUGCCAGAUAUAAAGCUCAGGAGCGCACGUACUUCUAUCGCUUGCUAUCUGGCUCAGAACCUUUGUCUACCUUUGAAAAAGAGCGGGCAUGGCAUGUGCCGGAGAAACUAGAUCUAUAUGCAAUGCAGGAAGCAUGCAAAGUUCUUGUUGGUCAUCAUGAUUUUAGUUCCUUCAGGGCAGCAGGUUGCCAGGCAAAAUCACCAAUCAGAACUUUAGAUGAACUCCAUGUUUCUGAGGCACCUCCAACUCCUUAUUUUCCAUCAAUCUCAGAGAAGAAACAGAAUAAUUCAAGCACGGAAGAUUCUCAUGCAUGCUCCAGGGAGCCUGAGAUUGACCUGCCCAUUGAUUCAUUCUCCAAUAGUGAUGAUGAGGUAGGCUCAAAUGGUAUAACUGAUCUAGGAUUUGGCAUAAGGAGAAGACAUCACUGCUAUGUGGUAACAGCACGUGCACGCUCUUUUCUUUACCACCAGGUCAGACUACUUGUUGGUGUUCUCAAAUGCGUUGGCACAGGAGAAUUGACAACUUCUGAUGUGGAAAGAAUUUUGAAUGCAAAAACAGUGACUGCUGCAAGUCCUAUGGCCCCUGCAUAUGGCUUGUACCUUGGAUGCGUGAAAUAUGAUCUGCCACGAGAUGCUUAAGUUGCUGUUUCCUAUACGGGCUUCUGCUCUGGAAUCUGAUAGGGCAGAAUAACCAUGCUACUUAACAUUGCCUAGCAUUACUUCGAAAAUUGUCAAGAUAGACAGGUUCUGUUCUUGCGUUUAACAUCUUCUGGAGAGCUGUCAACUGCGUCUUGCUAAACCUCUUCUUCAGCGAACAGAAUAUCUUGGGAUUGAAGAAAUAGGAACCUUGUGUAGACUUUGGAUACUUUUUAACAAUCUGCAUUGAGGUCAUUAAGAAGCUGAAUCCAAAAGUAGCGAUUUUAAUUAGUAGAUUCAACUUUCUGGGAAACUCAGUUCACUUGUAUGGUUUCCUUAUUUAUCAAUACAAAUAAUUAGAAACUCCUUUGUCUUAUUAUAGCAGAUGAAUGACAGAAGAAUUUAAAUAUGAGACUUUCAUAUUACCCCUAA